AUGCUGCUACACAACUUCCCUCUCACCACCCUCCUCCUCUCCACCAUCCCUGUCACUCCCCAGUGGGGGGCUGUUGGUGAGGCUAGCCUCUCUACAGGGCUAGUGGUCCAGGUCAUGCCCUUCACAAUGGUCUGGAACAUUCCCACAGCGCGCUCCCAGGAAUGCUACGGCAUCCACCUGGACCUGGGGGUCUUUGACAUUGUGGAGAGCCACCACUAGAACUUCAAGGGCCAGAACAUAAGCAUCUUCUACCGCAACCAGCUGGAACUACGCUUACAUCUCCCAGGAAGGUCUUCAGGUCAACGGAGGGGUUCCCCAGAGGGGCGACCUGGAGGCCCACCUGGCCCUGGCCCAGACUCAGAUCUCAGCCCUGCUCAGGCCGGGCUUCAACGGCCUGGCCUCUGUCAACAGGGAGGAGUUGCGCCCCCUGUGGUUGAGGGCUUUGGCAUGAAGCUGGAGUACCGCCGGCUGUCUAAAUCACUAGUGAGGCGUGAAUACCCAGAGCUAACCAAACCGGAAGGGAACUCCCUGGCCCAUAAGGAGUUUGAGAGGGGCAACAGGGCCUUCAUGUAUUGGACGCUGCGGUUAGGAGUGUGCCUGCGACCGAGGGGACUUUGGGGUUUCUACGGCUUCCCUGAAUGCUUCAACCACCACAGGAAGCAGAAAGGACACAGCUACACAGGCCACCGCCAUCCCAAGACCAGGCAGAAGAAUGACCAGCUAGCAUGGCUGUGGUGACAGUCCACCUCCCUCUACCCCGGUAUCUACCUACCCCAGCGGCUGACAGGGUCCUCUGAUGUCACCCUCCUGGUCAGGCAUAGGCUCCUGGAAGCCCUGAGGGUGGCGAACCAAUACCCCACUGCCAUCCAUGCCACUCCUGUACUGCCCUAUGCCAGACUGGCAUUCGCCCACACCCUCCACUUACUCAACAAGGUAAAGUAUAAAGUAUAACAUUACUGUUACCACUGAUGCACUUAUGUUAUGAAUAUUAUACAGUCUUUGAUAUAAUACCUGGCACAAUGUACUGUUCUCAUGGAUUAUAUGGCUUUGUGGAAUACUGUACACUUAGAACCUAAGUUUUAGGUAAAGUAAUCAAGCUGGUAUCCCAUUAAUCUGGGCAUGUUGACAGUGACAUAUGGGCACACCUGGCAGGAGAUGCCAGCACACACCGGGAAAGAUAUUCUGUCCCUCUUACGUCUUCCAGUGUGUAUGCAUUUUUGUAUUUGGUUGAUGUGUGUGUGUGUGUGUGUGUCAGUGGAGGCUGCUGAGGGGAGAACGGCUCAUAAAGGCUGGAACGGAGCAUAUGGAAUGGCAUCAAACAUCUGGAAACCAUGUUUGAUGUAUUUGAUACCAUUCCACCUAUUCCGCUCCAGUCAUUACCACGAGCCCUGGACUCCCCAAUUAAGGUGCCACCAACCUCCUGUGGGGUUCGCUAAGUCAAAGGUCAGAUCCUAUAGACCUCAGUCUGUACAUGUACAUCCACUAUAAUAUACACAUAUUAUACACAUAAAUACCUCUACAGACAUUAUUACCUUGACUGUGUAUGCAGUUCAGUUUCUAUUAGAUAAUUUUUUAUGUUUAGUAUUUGUAAAUUAAUCUCUCUCUCCCUCCUCUCCACAGCGUCAGUGUGUGAUACUGAGGGACUACAUUCAUUCUAAACUGGGAGAGUACAUAAGCACCCUGAAGAGAGGGGUGCAGCGAAGAGCGAACCGAUGGCAACGAUCGUUGUGCCAGAGGGGACCCAUACUCUGA